CCAUCAAAUGUAACUGCUGUAGAGAAGUUGAUCAAAACUGCAUCCAUUGAGUAAAUCCAGUGAGAAUCACAAUUUCUUUACCUGUUUUAACUAAGCACCGAACCAUCAGAAAUAUCUGAAGCUUUCGUGACAAAUGCAAACAACAAAACCAUGGCAAGGAUGUUCAUUGUGAUAGCGGCUUACUGUCUUUUGAUGCCCCUUUCCCAGUCAAAUUUUGAGGAAAACCAGUAUUGCCCAGCACAAGGGUCAAGUCCCUCCAUUUAUUCGCCCAUGAGUGCAACAAAUGAUAAUCAACAUGUAGAGGGAACUUUUUAUGCAGAUUUGAAUUUGGAAAAGACUCUCUUUAAGACUGUUACUGCAUUUUUGGAAAGAAUAGUUCUCCCUACUUUUGUUGUUGUCCCCGGAACAAACACUACGAUCACUAUAAGUAAUCUUAACGUUGUAAAGGAAUGUAAUUAUUUUGACAACAAUGCAACAUGCAUCUGCUUUGAUGAAGACAGGCAGGAAAAAAUGACAUACAGUGCACAAUCGUCAGAAACAUCCUGUGAGUCUAACUGUAGUCAUCAUUAUAUGAAUGGAAUUGGAUCCUGUCCAGAAAAUAUCAAAACUCUAACUAAGAAAGUCAAAGCAACAGGUUCAUUUAAACUCAAUGCAAGUUCUGAUGAAGUAAUGAAUUCUAAUGAACAUAAGACAAAUCUGACCAGAAUGCUUGCCAGUUCUUACAGUAACUUGCCAGGGUUCCGCUGUGUUGAUGGACUUCAGAUUGGAAAUGGGAGCACAGUUGAAUACGAUCUUAUAAUUAAUGGAGAUAUAAAGUCAAACAUCCUUUGGCGUCAUGUCCAAGAUGCAGCUAAUCUGAUCAAUUAUAGUUUCAAAGUGGAUUUACAAUCCUUUAAAAUGAAAUUAUCAGGACUGGUGAUGAUUACAGUUUAUCCUGAAACCAUUUAUUAUCAGAAACCUCUAAGGAUAAAUUGUACAAUUAAUGACAAGGUAGAGUCUGUGAACUGGUUCAUCAAAGGACCUAAAGAUAAGGAAAAAGCAAUUAUUUCUUCACGUCAUUAUAACUUUGUGAAUGAUCCUAUAUCUACAUCCAAUCUUGCAAUAAGUGCAACUUCAAUGUGGAAAGGUAGAUACUACUGUUAUUUUAAUUUUGCAAAUGGUUCAAUGAUCCAUGAAGCUACUGGAGAUUCAAACAUUGUUCUUCUCCCUGAGGAGAUUACAACUAUUCCAUCACAAUAUUCAAUUGCAAGAAAUAAGACUAUCCCUGUCAAAUGUUGCAUCAAGGAUGAUGGAGAAAAUUAUACUGUCACAUUGGAAGCAAGAGGAAGCUCAGAUGGAGUUUCAUAUGAAGUUGUACAAACUGUCAAUGACACCAAGUGUUGGAAAUAUAUGAUAAAUUACAAAUUUGCCAACAGUACUGUGUACAGAUGUACAUUCACAAAUAUGGUAAAUCAAAGUACAUCUGCAAAUAUAACUAUUUCUGUCCUAAAAGAGAGUGAAGCAUCAUGCAAGAAUGAAAGCAGUGAAGAUUACAGGUGGCAAACUACCACAGCUGGCCAAUAUGCAGAAAGCAAUGACACCUGUGCAGAAGGAAGAGUUGGAAAAAUAAUACGAUUUUGCAAAGAGGACGGCCAAUGGGACAAAGUGUUUAUCAACUGUACAGACAAAGCACUAAUCAAAUUAUUGAAUUUGGCCCAGGAACUGAGCAAUGGACGCGAUUCAACGUGCCAUAAGCUGCCAGAAAUAUUGCAAAAUGUAACUGACUUGAUUGACCAUCAGAAGAAUCUUGCCGAUACUUUAGCUGUAAUUAAAAUUCUGGAUACACUUACCUUAGCCACUGAGAGGUCAAAUUCUACAUUUAAUGAUAGUGUUAUGGCUGAUUUCCUCUCAAUAGCAAGCAAUGCAACACAGGAUGAGCAGCAGAACAGAGGAAACAACAACAUCUAUUCAAGCACAUUGAUGAGAUCGGUUGAAAAAUUCACUGAAGCAUUUCAAUCUCAUGAGGAAAACUAUGUACUGGAUGUUCCAAACAUUAAGCUUAAGGGGCAAAUGUUUAACACUGUUCCCUCAAAAGGUUAUCAUGAGAGCUUUUCUGAAAAUUAUACAUCUACAGUAGAGAUAGAAAGCAAAAGUUUGAAAGAAAGGGUGAAUAAUAACUCUUUCAAAAUAUCAAGCAUCCUUUAUUUGAACAUAGAUGAAAGUUUAUCUUCAAACUCAGAUGAUCAGUUUAUAAAUAGCCUAGUCCAAUCAACUACAUUGAAAGUUAACAAUAUAACAGACAGAAAGAACUCCAAAAUUACUGUCAAGAUGUUUUUCUCUCCAAAAUUAGAAAAAGGCAAUCUGAAAACUGCAAACUGUGUUUUUUGGGAUUAUGAGCUCUUUCAUGGGAAAGGCGGCUGGUCGAAUGAAGGUUGCGAAACGCAUGUUACUGAGAAAGGAACAAACUGUACCUGCACACACUUAACAUCGUUUGCUGUACUCAUGGCUGAAAAGGAAAGAUUUAUUCCAUACCUUGACGAAAUCACGUAUGCAGGAUUGUCUUUUUCCAUUGCAUCCUUGAUAUGCUUUAUCACUGUUGAAGUUGUUGUGUGGAACACAGUUGUCAAAAGCAAUGUCACUCGCUUUCGUCACACUACCCUCAUCAAUACUGCUAUUGCUUUGUUAUUUGCCCAAUCGUUCUUUCUGGUUGGUUCAAUUCAAUUUGUUAAAGACAAUGAAACGUUGUGUACAAUUGCUACAAUUUUCAGUCAUUUUUUUUUCCUUUCUGUUUUCUUUUGGACAUUGGCUCAAAGUCUAACACUUCUGUAUCGGCUUAUCUUUGUUUUCCAUCAGAUGAGCAAGUUAGCCUUUAUGUCGAUUUCUUUUAUUCUCGGCUAUGUUUGCCCCUUGAUAAUAGUGAUUGCCUCAACGACAAACUUCAUCAGCAAAGGCAAAUAUAAGAGUGAGAGUCAUUGUUGGCUAAAUGUCAGUCCAUUUAGAAACAUCACUGCCUUUCACACAUUCAUCAUACCAGCUGGAUGCAUUAUUGGAAUCAAUAUGUUUAUCCUGACAGCAGUCAUUGUGAAAAUAAUGAGGCCAGCUGUAUCAGAAGGAAAAAACAGAGAGGAUAAAAGGACAAUUAAGAAAAUCAUUAAAGCUGUCCUUAUUCUGAGUCCAACUUUUGGAUUGACUUGGGUCAUUGGAUUUCUCCUAACUGAGGAUGCUCAUGAGUUUUUCUAUUAUGCAUUUGUCAUUUUAAAUUCACUUCAGGGUUUAUUUAUUUUACUAACUUCCAGUUUCACAGAGACAAAGGUCCGGGUAGCCUUCACAAAGUACUUUAAGUCAAUGACCUUUCAAAGUACAUCUGAGAAUGUCUCCUCAAAAACAAUAUCUCAUUCGAUUAAAAACUAAGGUUACACAGGAUGGAAAAUCAGAAGUUCUACUUGGCAAUAUGCUUGGCAGUUCCUUUGAUAAUUUGCAAGUUACAGUUCUUGGCAAAUAGUAUCUAUAGAUUACUGCUUUCCCAGCAUUUUAGAGUAUCAGACAGAAAAUAAGAAACCAAUUGAAAUAUCUUAUCAUUACUUAAGUUUUGUUUUAUUAAAUAUUAGCUCUAAUCUGAAAAUCUCAACUUCAUGUACUAGAUUUAGAAGUGUAUUUUACAUAAGGUAAAUUUAUGUUAUUAUUUUAUAUGAUACUAUUCAAAUGUUAGAACUCAUUGAGAAUGAAGAGUGCACACAAAUGUCUCCAGUAGUAGUAAAUCGAAGUUCAAAUAUGAACAGCAGAAAAGGUACAGACAUCUGUUUAAGUGAAAGCUUUAAUUUUAAUUACUGAUCUGAUUUGUUAUUAUUCAAUAACUGAUUCUGAUUUACUAGCUGACAAGGGCUAUUAUGAUUUAGAUUUCUUACAGUGUGGAAACAGGCCCUUCGGCCCAACAAGUCCACACCGACCCGCCGAAGCGCAACCCAC